AUGGGUUGUUGUUCAUCAGAUUGCUUUGUCUACUUCAUCCUCUCCGUAGCUUUAGCUUUCAUGGCCGUCUCAAGCACUCUACGUUCACCUCCAUAUUCCGACACCACAGUACCCAUUGCUUCUUCCAACUUCUCUUCGUCUUCUCCUUCUCUCGCUUUAAACGCCUCAAACACUCUACGCCAAUCCAAUUUCAAAGCAAUCGCCACUCUCCUCCACAUAUCCCCCGAGAUCUUCCUCUCUUCUUCUCCCAACACAACCCUCUUUGCCAUCGAAGAUGCUUCCUUUUUCAACACGUCAUCGCUUCAUCCUUUGUUUUUCAAGCAGCUUCUUCAGUAUCACACACUCCCUCUUAUGCUACCGAUGAAUGACCUUCUCAAGAAGCCUCAAGGAACCUGUCUCCCCACGCUUCUUCGUCACAAGAGUGUCCAAAUCUCCACCGUGGAUCAAGAAUCAAGAAGAGUCGAAGUGAAUCAUGUCCGGAUUUCACACCCCGACAUGUAUCUUGGAGAUUCAUUGGUCAUUCACGGCGUUCUUGGACCAUUCUCUCCUCUGCAACCUCACAGUGAUCAUAUUCUCCAGUCAUCUUUAUGUCAACCUAAUAAUACAAACAAAACCAGUGUCGACGACGACAUCUACGUUCCGGUUAAGAUAGAUUGGACUCGGAUCGUUCAGCUGCUAAGUUCAAACGGGUUUGUGCCAUUUGCAAUUGGACUGCACUCUGUUCUCAACAGGAUUGUUAACGAUCAUCAUCAUCACAAGAACCUGACAGGAGUAACGAUUCUAGCCACACCGAAUCUGGUAUCGUUGUCAUCUGCUUCACCGUAUCUGUAUGAAGUAGUGAGACAUCACAUUCUUGUUCAACGGCUUACAAACAAAGAUUUAGCUUCAAUGCCUGAUAAAGCCUCGGUGAAGACAAUGGAUCCUUACCAAGAUCUCAUCAUCACCAGAUCAAGAGAAGUUGUUAAUUCGUCUCGAGGAGGUUUCAUGAUAUCAGGAGUUGAGAUUAUAGAUCCAGAUAUGUUCUCUUCUUCAAAUUUUGUAAUUCAUGGGAUAUCUCACACUCUAGAGAUCCCACAUGCAUAA